AUGGCGGCUGUGAUGACAGCGCGCGGCCCGGCCCCCCGGCACCGCCGCCAUAGUGGCUACACCAGCGCGCUCUGCUAUGCCAUUGUGGCCGCACUAUUUUGUGCUCUUUGCUGUGAAGUCCGCGCGCUGGAGGUGGGCGAGUUUUUUCCCGGCCAGAUACACAUGAGCGCGAAGGAUCGUUACAAAUCUGUUCAGGCAUUGCAGUCCCUGCAGCGCGCGAUCAACGACCCUGAGCUGCAGAAGGAGGUAGAGUCCGCGCUCAGGGACACAGCGAGGGGGUUCGACAUGUGUCAAUCAGCACUUUACCGCUGCAACCGCGUGACUGGCGCUCUCGAGGAGGCGGUCAUCAAGAACAUGCAGGGCGGGACUGUGAAGUGGGACGAGUACCCAACAUGGGUGAAGCGGAUCCGCAUCACGGACUCGAGGCUGGAGCAGCCACUCGUGCUCUCCAGCUUACCUGCAAACCUUGAGGAAUUCGUGGCGACGAACGUGGAAUGGGAAUCCCACUCGAUUCUUCGGGUCCCACAGAGUGGCGUGGGGGGAGUUGUGACGGAGCCCUUGACUCAUCUUCGCGUUUUGCAAUGUGACAACUGCGCUCUCGUGAAGGCAGAGGUGACGACGACAUCCCAGCUGGAGUCGCUGCAGGUGUUGAGCCUUUCCGGUAAUCCAGACUUGAUGAUCGAUCUCCGCGAGCUGCCGCGCAACCUCCAAUCGCUGCAGCUCUCUUACACAAAACUGGCUCACUCCACGGUCAAGGAGGUAUUGGAGACUGCGCCGGCGUUUCUCUCGCUGCUGAAUAUCAGCUUCACCGAUGUCGCGCUGACUCUCGACAUGCUGUCGUCUGCAAGGAAGCAGCUAACGAUGCUGGAUGUGUCCGGCCUGGAAAGUGGCAACCCAGAGUCACCUCUCGCUGUCUCUCAGCUGCAAAGUGCGUGUAGCGAAAGUGACUUCAGCCUCGCAGGGCUGUAUCUCACCAGGUGCAGCCUGACAGGCACCCUCCCUGACCUUAGCAAUUGCACAAAGCUGAAGGUGAUGGAUGUGUCGCACAACCUCCUCGAGGGCGCCGUGUUCGCUCAACUCCCCAAGAACAUAGAGGUGCUGCGUCUCAACAGCAAUGCGAUACAGGGCGGUCUCCGCAUCAGCGAACUCCCGCGCACUCUGCAGUUCCUUGAUAUCUCUGAAAACCAAUUCACGGGUGAGGUCGACCUCUCGGCACUGCCGCCGCAGCUGCAGUACUUCAACAUUGGCCACAAUCAUUUCAGCGGCAAGGUGAACCUUACGCAGCUGCCCGAGACUGUGAAGUUUGUGUACAUGGAGUACAAUCACUUCACCGGCGAGGCUGACCUCGUCGACCUCCCGCUCGGCCUUCGUUUUAUCAUGGUCCACCACAACAACUGGGACUACCUCUUGCCCGCCCCGUGA